GUUGGGUUGUUGCAUUCCCGAGAGGUUAGAUUUCUCUUUUUUCUGGGAGACUCCUUUGCCUAGAACUGCAACGGAUCAUCCUAUGGCCGACUCUCCUAUUUCCUACCUCAACAUCGUUCGCGACAAUGGCGAUCAAUUGGACACGCACAUUCACCAUGGGGAGCUAAAACCCAUAUUCUUAUGGCAUCUGACUCUUUUCAUAAUCCUUCCUGUAUCGGCACUUGUCAUUCCUUGUCGGCAAAAUACUCGCUAUGUCCGCCCCCUCGUUCUCGUCCUCAUCAUCAGCCUGGCCCUCGAGGUUAUCCGAUAUCGACGGGCCCUUCUUGGUGCAAAUGGAUACAUGACAGGAUUGGUGGCCGCAUGGUGGUUCAUAUGGUCUGCGACAUUGCUAGUUUUCCACAAUGUCGAGAGGGAAUUCUUGCGCGUUGAGCGAAAGGCUAGAACGACUGUGGAUGCGACGUCGAAGCGCUCUAUUCAGAACGGAUAUGCCUGCCCGAACGGUGGAUUAAAGGACGCAAAACCAAAGGAACAGCAGUAUAUUGAAUCCCUCAUAUGGCAGCCGUAUCCCCUGUCCCUCUCGAAGAGGUUGAAUUGGUCAUUGGGUCUUCUAUUCAACAUGCGGGGCCCCGAAUGGAAUUGGCGCAUAUCGAGCAUGGGCCCUUUGCCUCCCUCUGUGGAAUCCCAACUUAAGUCUGGACCACUAUCACGAUAUCCCCGAGGCGCAAGUAAGGUAACUGCAUCAUAUUCAGGAGCUGAGACCAGAAUCCGUACUGUAGCCUUCGACUGUCUCAAGUACUAUCUCCUCCUGGAUGUGAUAAAGGUCCUCAUGAUGCACGACUUAUACUUCUGGGGGGUCACAUCGCCACCGCCUCCCCCUCCAUUCCCAUUAAACCAAUUCCUUCCACCUGGAGCGGAAUAUAUAUACCGCGUCCUGAUAACGGCAUUGGGUGUAUACGCCGCCGUAAGCUUUGUGGCCUUCUUUAACCCACUGAUUUUCCUUGGACUGUCCCGGUUAUUCCCCAACGUCUCCCGCAGCAUAACCGCAGCGCCACUCGAUGCGCCAUGGCUUUAUUCAGACACGUUUGGUCCGUUCCUCGUUCCCGUGCUGGACCACGGUCUUGCUGGCGCUUGGGGUGUAUGGUGGCACCAGCUUUUCCGAUUCGGAUUCACAUCCACGGCCCACUGGAUUCUAUCGCUUCUUCCCAACAGAUUAGCCACAAACUCGCGUUUCAGGCGCCUCGUCAUGAUAUUUGUCGCGUUCGCGCUUAGCGGUUUCAUCCACGCCUGCGGGAGUUAUACCCAGUGGUCCGACACUAAGCCUCUUUCCGGGACAUUUCUGUUUUUCAUUCUUCAAUUUGUUGGCGUUACGAUACAAGAAUCUGUCUCUCAUGUCGUAGUUCCAGCCCUGUUAGAUAAUUACACAGGUAAGUUAGGGAAGACUCGAUUGCCUCGUUGGCUCCGACGGUCUGCGAAUGCAGGCUUUGCUUUUGGGUGGCUGUGGUUGACCGCGGGUUUGAUCAUGGAUGAUUUCGCCAAGGGUGGCUUGUGGUUGACGGAACCUUUGCCAGUGAGUCCCCUGCGCGGAUUGGGAUUUGGUUAUGGGGUGGAAGGGGAGGGGUGGUGGUGUUGGAAAACUCCGUGGUUUCGGUACUGGGACGGAGGGAGUUAUUGGGAGAGGGGAAUAAGAGUUAUGUGAGUGCUUCCUAUCUAGGCCGUUGUCCACGUCUAUCUUUUGGUGUAUCUAGGUGUAUGCUUCUCUUGAAUGGGAUGCUUCGUUGGCUGGAAAAUUAUAUAGAGGUUUUAGAGGAUAGAGUAUAGAGAGAACCUAGUUCAUAGGAGAUAUAUACGAAUACAGUCAUG